GUCAUGUGAUCAGCUGUGUCCAAUCACAGCUGAUCACAUGGGACAUCUGCACUGAUCAUCAGAGCACUGAUGAUCAGUGUGCCCUGAUGAUCAGUGUAACCCCAGCAGUGCCACCUGUCAGUGUCCAUCAGUGCCAGCUGUCAGUGCUCGCCAGUGCCACAUCAAUGCCACACAUCAGUGCCUACCAGUGCACAUCAAUGCCACAUAUCACUGCUCAUCUGAGCUGCCUUUCAGUGUCACCCAUCAGUGCGCAUCAGUGCCGCCUAUCAGUGCGCAUCAGUGCCGCCUAUCAGUGCGCAUCAGUGCCGCCUAUCAGUGCGCAUCAG